UUUUUCCACGUUGAGUAAACACACGUAUCUCUACACGUGUGUUGGGGUUUGGGGAGGACGGUUCUGCUUGGAUCGGUUCGGUUAUUCAAAUAAACUCCCCCAAAACGCUCACGCGCAGGAACACGAGCCAUGUCGACCAAUCAGGACAGUCUGAUUCAGCCCAGUGCACGCGCUCCGGUACCGACAGAGAUUAGCGAUAAAACCGGCAGUCCUGAUAAAGUCGGCGAUAAGGUUCAGAACCAGUCUCCGGGCAGAACAAUGAUCCCGCUGGGGAAACCCAAAUCCGGGCGCGUGUGGAAGGACCGGAACAAGCAGAGGUUCUCAGCUCUGUUGCGUGAUAAACCUCUGCGCAGCUCCUGGCAGAAGAAGAUGGAGGCCAAGAGGGAGAAGGAGAUGGUGAAGCAGUACCAACAACAGCUCAAAGACAAUAAAGCCAGAGAGAAGGAGGAGAAAAGGAAGAGACAGGAAGAACAUCUGAGGAGACGAGCAGCAAAUGAGAAGAAAGCAGAGAUUGUUCAAGUGAUUCGCAACACAGCCAAGCUGAAGCGCAUGAAGAAGAAGCAGCUGCAGAAUAUCGAGAAGAGAGAUACGUUGUUGGCGCUGCAGAAAACUCCGCCCAUCACCAAAAAAGCAACCAAAGGGGAAUAAAAGAUGAAUAGAUGAACUAAAGACAUUAAAGAUUGUGAUUAAUUUCACUUAAUGAUGUACAGAGACUGCGCCCACAUGCACGCACACUCACUCACUCAUUCACUCUAUGUUCACUUUAAUAAGAACUUGUUCUUGACUCUAAGAUCCCUGUUCUUGGCUGCAGGAGUGGAACCCAGUAUGGUCUUCUGCUGUUGCAUGCUGAGAUGCUUUUCUGCUCACCAUGGCUGUAAAGAGUGUUUACAUGAUUUACUGUAUCCUUCCUACCAAAAAAGCUCAAACCAAUCUGGCCAUUUUCCUCUGACCUCUUAUCAACAAGGUGUUUGUUUCCACCCACAGAACUGUUGCUCAUUCAAUGUUUUUUUUGUUUGUUUUUCACACCAUUCUGUGUAAACUCUAGAGACUGUUGUGUGUCAAAAUCCCAGGAGAUCAGCAUCCAUCCAUUAUCCGUAACCACUUAUCCUAUGCAGGUUCACAGGCAAGCUGGAGCCUAUCCCACAUAGAGACAAACAACCAUUCACACUCAGUCAAUUUAGAGCCACCAAUCAGCCUAACCUGCAUGUCCUUGGACUGUGGGGAAAACAGGAGCACCCAGAGGAAACCCACGCAGACAACAUGCAAACUCCACACGGAAAGGCCCCUGUCAGCCACUGGGCUCGAACCCAGAACCUUCUUGCUGUGAGGCGACAGUGCCAACCACUACACCACCAUGGCACCCAGGAGAUCAGCAGUUUCUGAAAUACCCAAACCAGUCCAUCUGGCUCAAACCAACACCCAUGCCACACUGAAAGUCACACUUUGAGAUCACAAUUUUUCCCAUUCUGAUGUUUGAAGUGAACAUUAACUGAAGCUCUUGAUUUGUAUCUGCAUGAUUGUAUGCAUUGUGCUGCUGUCAAGGGAUUGGCUGAUUAGAGAACUGCGUAGAACAGCUGGUGGAUGGGUGCAUAUUGGGUGUGUGUGUGUGUGUGUGUGUGUGAGAGACACAAUGUAGUUUGGGUUUUUUUUUGCAAACAUCAUUGGGACUUUUGCAAGAGGUGCCUAAGAUGUAAACAAGUGCAAUAAAACCCAGUACUUUCUGCUGUG